GUAGACUUUGAGCCGAGCGGACGCGCGUUGUCGUUCAGCGGAUGAAUUAAAAAAAAGUGAAAUAUCGCCUCGAUAUAAUUUAGAACAAGCAGUGUGGCACAAUUUAUCAAACGCGCUAUCGCACCCCCCACUUGGAUUACGGUCAACGCGAAACAACAACUACAGCCGAGAAAUACUAAAAAAGAUAUAGAAACGAAAUCGAAAUCGAAGGCAAAAUCAAAGCAUAAAAGAAAUCAUAGCCAGCGGGAGAGAAAAACAAGAAAAUCGUUUUAGAAAAAGCAUCAAAAAUCGUUGAUGUGGUGUUGUGAAAAGUGGCGAUUGUGCAAAGCUGUGUAAGCGCUAUAAAACCAAACCAAACAAAACCAAAUCCCAAGUAAACACAAAAAACACACAAAAUGGGCGAGAAAUAGAACGAGCAGUGAAAGCGCAAAAGAAGGCCCCCCCCAUUAGCCCCCCAAAAAAGAGGCCAAAUCGAAGUCCCAUUCGCAGUCUAGGAUCCAUACACAAUGCUGGCCACCACCCACAUGCUGUACGUGCUGAUCGCCACCUGGGUGAUCCCCAUUUUCGGGGCGGCCCUCAGCAAGACGGUGUUGUACCAGGCCCCGGACGAGUGCCGCUGGUCCGGCGGCGGCGAGCACGACAUCACCCUGGUCUGCCACCUGAGGACCAUCAACUCGGAGCUUGAAAACACCAACUUUAGUGUGAUCCAGCCGCAGAACACUGUGCGCCUGCGCCUGGAGUGCAACGACGCCCUGUUCUUCCAGAGCAGCCUCAGUCCGGACAGCUUCCGGUCGCUGGUGGAGCUGCGCGACCUCACCAUCGAGUACUGCAAGCUGGGCAACCUCACGGACGGCUCCUUCCGGGGCCUGCAGGAGCUGCGUAACCUCACCAUCCGCACGCACAACGGCGACUGGUCCACCAUGUCGCUGGAGAUGGCCUCCAACAGCUUCGUGGAGUUCCGCCAGCUGGAGCGACUGGACCUCAGUCUCAACAACAUCUGGCUGAUACCCGAUGGCAUGGUGUGCCCCCUGAAGUCGCUGCAGCACCUCAAUGCCUCGUACAACAAGAUCCAGGACAUCAGCAACUUCUACUUCAGCGCCUCGCUGAGCUCCAGGAAGGCCCGCGUGUGCGGAUCCACGCUGCAGAGCCUGGACCUGAGUGCCAACAAGAUGGUCAGCCUGCCCACGGCCAUGCUGUCGGCGCUGGGCCGCCUCACCCACCUGAACAUGGCCAGGAACAGCAUGAGCUUCCUGGCCGAUCGCGCCUUCGAGGGCCUGCUCUCGCUGAGGGUGGUGGACCUGUCGGCCAACCGCCUGACCUCCCUGCCGCCGGAAUUGUUCGCGGAGACCAAGCAGCUGCAGGAGAUCUACCUGAGGAACAACUCGAUCAAUGUGCUGGCCCCCGGAAUCUUCGGGGAGCUGGCCGAGCUCUUGGUCCUCGACCUGGCCAGCAACGAGCUCAACUCGCAGUGGAUCAAUGCGGCCACUUUUGUGGGCCUCAAGCGCCUGAUGAUGCUGGAUUUGUCGGCCAACAAGAUCAGUCGCCUGGAGGCGCACAUCUUCCGGCCCCUGGCCAGUCUGCAGAUCCUCAAGCUGGAGGAGAACUACAUCGACCAGCUGCCGGGCAGCAUCUUCUCGGACCUCACAAAUCUGCACACCCUGAUCCUGUCGCGCAACCGCAUAUCGGUCAUCGAGCAGCGCACUCUCCAGGGUCUGAACAAUCUGCUGGUGCUCUCGCUGGACUUCAACAGGAUAUCGCGGCUGGACCAGCGAUCCCUGAUCAACUGCAGCCAGCUGCAGGAUCUGCACUUGAACGACAACAAGCUGCAGGCGGUGCCCGAGGCGCUGGCCCAUGUGCCGCUGCUCAAGACGCUCGAUGUGGGCGAGAACAUGAUCGGUCAGAUCGAGAACACGAGCAUCACCCAGUUGGAGAAUCUGUACGGCCUGCGCAUGACGGAGAACUCGCUAACCCACAUCCGGCGCGGUGUGUUCGAUCGGAUGAGCUCCUUGCAGAUCCUCAACCUGUCCCAGAACAAGCUCAAGUCCAUCGAGGCAGGCUCCCUGCAGCGGAACGGCCAGCUGCAGGCCAUCAGGCUGGACGGCAAUCAGCUGAAGUCCAUUGCCGGACUGUUCACCGAACUGCCCAACCUGGUGUGGCUGAACAUCUCGGGCAAUCGGCUGGAGAAGUUCGACUACUCGCACAUUCCCAUCGGCCUGCAGUGGCUGGAUGUGCGGGCCAAUAGGAUCACCCAGUUGGGCAACUACUUCGAGAUCGAGAGCGAACUCAGCCUGAGCACCUUCGACGCCAGCUACAACUUGCUGACCGAGAUCACGGCCAGCUCGAUACCGAACAGCGUGGAGGUGCUCUACCUGAACGACAACCAGAUCUCCAAGAUCCAGCCGUACACGUUCUUCAAGAAGCCCAACCUGACGCGUGUGGACCUGGUGAGGAACCGGCUGACCACCUUGGAACCCAAUGCCCUGCGCCUGUCGCCCAUUGCCGAGGAUCGAGAGAUCCCGGAGUUCUACAUCGGGCACAAUGCCUACGAGUGCGACUGCAACUUGGACUGGCUGCAGAAGGUGAACCGCGAGUCGCGCACCCAGCCGCAGUUAAUGGACCUGGACCAGAUCCACUGCCGCUUGGCCUACGCUCGCGGCUCCUCACACGUCUCCCUGAUCGAGGCCAAGUCGGACGACUUCCUCUGCAAGUAUGCCUCGCAUUGCUUCGCCCUGUGCCACUGCUGCGACUUCCAGGCCUGCGACUGCAAGAUGGAGUGCCCGGACAGGUGUUCCUGCUACCACGACCAGUCCUGGACCUCGAACGUGGUCGACUGCAGCCGGGCCUCCUACGAGCAGGCCCUGCCCUCGCACAUUCCCAUGGAUGCCACGCAGUUGUACCUGGAUGGCAACAACUUCCGGGAGCUGCAGAGUCACGCAUUCAUCGGUCGCAAGAGGCUAAAGGUGCUGCACCUUAACCACUCCCGCAUCGAGGUGCUCCACAACCGCACCUUCUACGGACUUCUGGAACUGGAGGUGCUGCAAUUGCAGAGCAACCAGCUGAAAGCCCUGAAUGGCAAUGAGUUCCAGGGGUUGGAUAAUCUGCAGGAGCUGUACCUGCAGCACAAUGCCAUAGCCACCAUCGACACGCUCACCUUCACGCACCUGUAUCACCUGAAGAUCCUGCGAUUGGAUCACAAUGCCAUCACCUCGUUCGCCGUCUGGAACUUCCUGCCCAGCUACCUGAACGAACUGCGACUGGCGGGCAAUCCCUGGAGUUGCAGCUGCGAGUUCAUCGACAAGCUGCGGGACUACAUGAACCGACACGAGUACGUGGUGGACAAGCUGAAGAUGAAGUGCGACCUGAUCAGUGGCAACAGCACCCAGCAGAUGGUCAUUUACCCCGGAUCCGGAGAGGCCAGUUCGCUGCCCAUGGUGCAGUGCAGCCAAACCCUGCCACUGGGCCUGGACAACAGCUUCAACUAUGCCGAGCAGGCCGGUGGCGAGGGGAACGCCUCGAAUGCCACCUCCACCAAAAUGAUCCUGAAUCAGCCGCCCAAACAGGACUACAUUCCCAUCCUGGUGGCCAUUCUAACGGCCUUCAUUUUCGUGAUGAUCUGCACCCUGCUGGUCUUCAUUUUCCGCCAGGAGAUGCGCGUGUGGUGCCACUCGAGGUUCGGAGUGCGACUGUUCUACAACGCCCAGAAGGAUGUGGACAAGAACGAGCGGGAGAAGCUGUUCGAUGCCUUCGUCUCGUACUCCUCCAAGGACGAGUUGUUCGUCAACGAGGAACUGGCGCCCAUGCUGGAGCUGGGUGAACACCGCUACAAGCUGUGCCUACACCAGCGGGACUUUCCCGUGGGCGGAUACCUGCCGGAGACCAUAGUGCAGGCCAUCGACAGCAGCAGGCGAACCAUAAUGGUGGUCAGCGAGAACUUCAUCAAGUCGGAGUGGUGCCGGUUCGAGUUCAAGUCCGCCCAUCAAUCGGUGCUGCGCGAUCGCCGCCGGCGAUUGAUAGUCAUAGUGCUGGGCGAGGUGCCCCAGAAGGAGCUCGAUCCCGAUCUGCGUCUGUAUCUGAAGACCAACACGUACCUGCAGUGGGGCGACAAGCUGUUCUGGCAGAAACUCCGCUUCGCCCUACCGGAUGUCUCCUCCGCGCAGCGAUCCACUGCGGCCGGCCAGGGCUGCCAUGUGCCGAUCAACCACGCCGCGUACCACCACCACCACCACGUCCACCAGCAGGCGAUGCCGCUGCCCCACCCGGUGCACCACCACCAGCAGCAGUUCAUGCUGCCCCCGCCGCCGCAGCAACCGGGCAGCUUCCGCCGACAGCCAUCGUUGCACCAACAGCAGCAGCAACAGCAGCAGCAGCAGCAGCAACAGCAGCAAUUGCAACAGCAGCAACUACGCGGCAGCAACAACGCAACGCAGCAGCAGCAGCAACAGCAGGCGGCCUUGCUGAUGGGCGGUGGGUCGGUGGGUGGGCCUGCGCCGCAGAUGAUUCCCCUGGCGGGUGGCAUCCAGCAGCAGAGCCUCCCAUUGCCGCCGACCCAGCCGACGCCGGCGUCUAGGAAUCUGCACAUGUGAGUGGGGUCACCAUUGAGUAGCGGGUCAGAGGCAAGGUCAGUCGGGGAGCAGCUGGAGAUGGCAGUAGAGCUAUGUUCUAUGAGACACAUAGGUAUUCAGUAUUUACUUCCUUGCAUUUGCCACCUUUCACCGUUGUAACAUAAAAAAGGGUAGGAUUAGGUAGCAGAUUUAAAUCUUUGUUUCUAAAAGUAAACAAUUUAAUAGGUAAACUUCGACACACUUAUGUAGAUAGAAAGCUCUAGAAGAUCAGAAAUCAAUAUUUCCGCAGGACUACUUAUUUUAAUGACAACCACAACCGUUUCUUGCCCCUCAAAAAUACCCAUAAAAGAUAAGCUUAGACCCGACAUUUGUACGAUCUUGUUCAGUUAUGAAAGGUGAUCUAGAAUAUCUGAAGUCCGAAAAAAUACUACCCUCGCGAACAACAAGUUUAACUUCCUCGGGUUUCAAACAACAAAAAAAAAGGGGAAUUGCAUUCAAUAUGCAAAUGCGAGCGUUUAGCGAUAAAAGCCUAGUUACAUGUUAAAAUAGCAAAAGUAAAAGAAAAAUCGAGUGGGGAAAGAACAGGCAACACCAGUAACAAUAACAACAGCAACAAAAGACAACAGUAAAAUAGCUGGCGAGCCAGGCAAUUGUUGUUUGUUGGCCCUGUUCUGUUUUCUUACGGCCAGCUAUUUUCAGUUUCCUGGCUCGCAGCUAGAUUCUGAAAAUUGAUGUUGCAUGCAACACACCAACAGCAACUAGCAACUAGCAACCAGCAACUACACAGGGAAAAUUUAUCAAAUUUCAUUGGUUAUUUUUCAGUAUAAAAUUAGCUUGAUAAAUAAA